GGCAUUUUCCAUUACAUACAUUCGGCUAAAGUUCUACUCUGCACGCCCAGAGAGCUUUGCGAUCUACAAGCGCACAAUGCAGGAUGGUCCCUGGAUCCCAUACCAGUACUACAGUGGCUCCUGUCAACAGACAUACAAGGUACCAGUCUCAACGUUUGCACCUGUAUCGGAAGAGACGAGGGCGCUGUGCUCAGAUGAUUUCAGCGAUAUCUCUCCACUGACUGGUGGAAAUAUAGCCUUUGGAACCCUCGAGGGUAGACCAAGCGCAUACAGUUUUGAUGAUAGUGAGGUUUUACAGGAAUGGGUCACCGCAACAGACAUCCUGGUCAUGCUAACCAGAUUGAACACAUUUGGUGAUGAGGUAUUCGAGGUACCAGACGUACUGCGCUCCUACUACUACGCUAUCUCAGACUUCUCCAUCGGUGGCAGGUGUAAAUGCAACGGCCAUGCCAGUGAGUGCAUCAACAGCACCAAUAGAGACAGUGGCGUGCGCUUGGUGUGUCGCUGUGAGCAUUUCACCGCUGGUGUAGACUGCAAUGAGUGUUUACCAUUCUACAAUGAUGCGCCAUGGAAACCUGCCACCUCAUUAGAGGUCAAUGAAUGUCAAGCGUGUAACUGCAAUGGUCGCUCCAACCGUUGCACCUUUGAUCAGGACCUAUACGAUCGCACAGGGCAUGGUGGAAACUGCCUGGACUGUGAAGGAAACACUGCAGGGCAUAGCUGCGAACGUUGCAAAGACAACUACUACCAGAGGUCUGUGGAUGACGUGUGCCAGCCGUGCAACUGUGACCCAGUCGGUUCAUUGAAUCUCCAAUGUGACAGCUAUGGUCAGUGCGUCUGCAAGACUGGAGUUACCGGUGAAAAGUGUAACCAGUGCCUGCCAGACUACUUCAACUUUGAUGUCAUUGGUUGCACGAGCUGUGCUUGUAAUGAAGCCGGUAGCGCCGAUAACAACCCAGUCUGUGAUACUAACUCCGGCAGUUGUGAGUGUAAGGUCAAUGUAGAAGGUCGCAGGUGUGACAGCUGUAAAUCAGGCUACUUCAAUCUCCAGGAUGACGACCCUUUUGGAUGCAUGUCUUGCUUUUGCCACGGCCAUUCACCAGACUGCACAUCAGCCCCUGGGUACGAGUACGCCAACUUGCAGAGUAAAUUUAACAUCGGUCCAGAGGAUUGGAUAUCUCAGGGGCGCUACAACGAGGAGGGAAUAUUGGUGUUUAACGGCAUCCGUAGAGACAUUGGUAUUGCGUCUACUAACGACCGUCCCUUCUACUUCAUUGCUCCAGAUAAGUACCUCGGUGAUAGGAGAUUGAGCUAUGGCCAGGAGAUGACGUUCCAGUUGCGUCACAUCGGUGGUGACCCCAGCCUGACGGUAGAAGACGUUAUCUUGAUGGGAAGUGGACUGACCAUCUCAGCCCCAAUCAUCGCUCAGGAUAACCCCACCCCUGGAGUCAUCCCACAGAAGUACACCUUCAGGUUGAGGGAUGAACAGGCACUUGGGUGGGUGCAGCGACCGUCUGCGUUUGAUUUCCAACGUCUACUGUCCAACCUCACUGCUAUUAUGAUCAGAGCAACAUAUGGAGACAACUCACAAGGCAUCCUGGAUGACUUUGAGCUCCCUACAGUACGCCGAGCAGUCGGCCCCGGAGCAGAGCGCGUAGACUUUGUUGAGCUCUGCCGUUGUCCAACCGGCUACAUCGGUCAAUUCUGCGAGUCCUGCGACGGCAAGUUCCGUCGUGAUCCUCCCGGUGGUGGACCCUAUGCUCAGUGUAUCCCGUGCGAGUGCAACGGCCACGCUGACUACUGCGAAGAAAGCUCAGGCAUCUGUAUUUGCCGUGACAACACCGUUGGUGAUCAGUGCGAGAGCUGCGCACCUGGUUUCUAUGGCGACGCUUCAAGCGGGACCCAAGAUGACUGCCGGCCAUGUCCGUGCCCGGGAGGCAGUGAGUGUAUGGAGAUGGACAAUGGAGAUGUCAUGUGUACCAACUGCCCCAUGGGAUAUGUUGGUAAUCGUUGUGAGUUUUGUGCGGACGGUUUCUACGGUGACCCACAGGGACGUUAUGGUCCACCCACUGCAUGUACUCCAUGCCAGUGUAGCGGUAACAUUGACUUAAACGCCGUCGGAAACUGCGACAGAGUAACAGGAGAGUGUCUGAAGUGUAUCUACAACACCGGCGGUACCUACUGUGAAAACUGCCUCGCUGGGUUCUUUGGAGAUGCCUUGGGUCUACCCAAGGGACAAUGCAGACGCUGUGAUUGCAACCCAACUGGCUCCUUUGGCAUCGAAUGCAACCAAGUCAACGGCCAGUGCGAGUGUCUCCCGUUUGUCAUCGGGCGUGAGUGCGACGAGUGCGACCUUGGGUAUUGGGACAUCCGGAGCGGCCGAGGUUGUCAGCCGUGUAAUUGUGACUUCACCGGCUCCACCAGUGCCCAGUGUGAAGGGGAGUCUGGCCAGUGUCCGUGCUUGAAUGGGGUGGGUGGGCCGUACUGUAACCAGUGCGAGUAUGACAGUUUCGGAUUCUCUUCAUCAGGGUGCCAGUCUUGUUCUUGUGAUCGUCAGGGAUCAGCCGAUUUGAACUGCACUAAUGACGGUGUCUGUGUCUGUAAAGACGGUGUAAUCGGAGAUAAGUGUAACCAAUGUAGAGAGAAUCACUACAACAUUGCCCUAGGCUGCAUCGCCUGCCCCGCCUGUUACAACUUGGUCCAAGAUCGAGUCAACGAUCACCGGGAGGAUCUGAGGAAGCUGGCUGACCUUAUCAACAAUGCCACCAACAUCCCAUCAGGUACGCCAUUGAAUGACAAGGAUUUUGAGAAGAAACUAGCCCAGCUAGAAGAGGAUCUGGACGAGACCAUCGUUGCAGCAAAGAGUGCUGAAGCUCAAGACUCUAGGUUGGCCAGGCAGUAUGGGGACCUGACAGACAACUUGAACGCUCUCAAAGACCAGCUCAAUUUCAUCCUUGAAAACAUCAACUCUGCAGAAGGAGACUCUGCCGAUAGCAGUGAAGAGGUUGCCGGAGCAUUUGUUGUCAUCGAUCGCAUCAAGCAGCUUCUUGAAGAGGCCCAGCGUAAGCUGGACGAGGGAUGGAUGUUCCUUCACAAUCAGAAUGAAACAGCCAGGAACAAAUCUGAACAAGUCCUGGAGAUGCAGCGUCUAGCCCAACAAGCCAGGGAGCUUUCCUCAGGGCAAGAGGUUCAGUCUAAUGACAUUGAGGGUGCCGCUAUCGAUGCUAAGGAGACAUCAGAGGAAGCUUUGAGACUUGUUCAGGGAGGAGGACCCGACUCCGACAUUGAAGGUCUGAUUAAUCAAGUCAAGGAAAACUACACCGAUGCUGAAGAUCUCUUCGCCACAGCGGCCAUGUUAGCUGAGGAGUCUAAGAAUAAAGCUGAUGCAGUACACAGUGACUCCACAGCGUUGCUGUCCAAGUCUCGUCAGCCUUUACCCCUGUAUAAUGGAGACUCCCUCGUAGAGAAUGCAGAUGACAUUAAGGAAGAGGCCCAGAGAAUUAAAGAUGAAGCAGCUACCAUCAAAGCAACAAACCGUGAUCUACUGGAUCAGGUGGAGCAACAGGCGGAUGAGGCCACUAAACUUCUUGAAGACGGAAACAAAGCUCAACAGAAACUGGAUCUAUUAAUGGUGAAGGCUCACUCUGCUGAGAUGGAAGCAGAUGCUGCUAAGAACCAGGGAGACGCAACUCUAGCUGAAGCUAAAGGUAUCCUGGAGGACCUACUAGGAUUCAACGAGAAAGUGGAGUCAAGUAAAGAGGAAGCUCGCAUCGCUCUGCAGAGGAUCCCUGGAAUCAUUAAUAAAAUUGAUCAAGCCAACGAGACUUCCAUUGGAGCCCAAGGCACUAUCGAUGCUGCCGAGGAAGAUGCUCUGAAAGCCAGGGAGGUAGCUGGGAUGGCAGAGGCUAAUGCCACUGCGGCAUCAGAGGGUGCACAGAUCAUUAAGCAGCAGGCCGAUGACAUCAAUCUUAUCGCCCAGGCACAGAACGACCGAGCGGACUUCUUGAAAGACAACGCCACCCAGACCAUGAUGGAGCUAGGAGCUCUUGAGACCCAGGCUGAUGAUGACUCAGAGCUCAUCCAACAGGCUCAGAUGAAGGCAAACGAUGCUAAGCGUAAGACUGACGAGGCUACUCAGGCUGUCCAAGGUGCUCUGGAUCAAGUCAAUCAAAUCAUGGAUGAUAUCAAUGGCCUGAGCGAUCUCGACCCCAAUCGCCUCCGAGACAUCGAAGAGGACUUUGGCAACGUGAAGCGCACCUUCGAGAGGGACCUCAACAUCGACCAGGUCAUGCAGCGCCUCGCAGACGCUGAGCAACAACAACGAGGCUGGAUCAACACGUACCAGUUCUCUCUGGAUGAACUCCGAAAGCAAGUUGCUAACAUCCAAGACAUCAGCGACUCCCUCCCCGACUUCUGUCCGAACAGUGACAUUUUGGAGAACGCUGGUAGGCGUUAACGCUUGGCUUCUACUCCCCCUUCACUUUUUUUAUUGUUUUAAAAUCUCUAUUUAAUAAAAUGAAUACUUCAGUGUGUUUAGUCAUAUAUUAACAUUUUGGGUGGAUCCAUUAUUGUGUGAGGGAUUUUUUUUAUUAUAAAGGCAUGUGUUUUUUUUUUUUCUUUCUUUUUUUUCUUUUUUAUAUUGUUGGAUGAAGGAAAGGAAUUAAUGAGUACUUGAUUUCAUUAUUAAAGACGUUCAUAAUCAAUGCUGCCGUUAAACUCCCCCAAAAAAUGUUGUCUACUAAACCUGGACUCGCAACUCUUAUCAAUGUUGGAAAUGGAAAUUGCUCAGCAAAACCCAUACAGGGGACCAGUCUCAAAACAUGAACAUUACAUGUUUUGCUUUGACUGGUAUCAUUUUUUGCUACUAGUACAGGAAAUCCAUGUUUUGCGUCAUGCGUUUUGUGUAAUGUUUAAAAUGAAAAUACAUGUACACUCAAAGGAAUACAUAUUGCAUUGUGUGCUUAGGCGUGAGUUUUACCUUGUUGUCGCAUUGCGCAAUGCGCACGACGCAUGGAUCUCCAGUCUAAGUGGUGAUAUUAAAUUUACCAAGCUCUAUACAUGUGACCCUGGAGCAUGAGAACUAGGAAGUUCCAGAACUGACCGUUGAAAAAAAGAAUUGCAUAUUGGUGCAACAAAAACAAGUAAACAAACACAAACAAACAAACCAAAGUAUCAGAAUUUUUUUAAAAGAACCAUGCUGCCUUUUUAAAAUCCCUUUUUGUACUUGUGGUGCUAAUCUGAAAACAACAUAAUAAGAAGUCUAGCGGGAUAAGUCUAAUUUAUAUCUCUGAAGGUGCUAUCAGUUUUUGUAUAUUCUCAGAAACAUUGAAUUUCUCAGAUAUUUUGGUAUUUACAUUUAGCUUGCAUUUGUAUUUAAAAAAAAGAGUAGAUUUUUGCAACAAUUUUCUGUGAGUUUGUGUCUUUUGGCGGGUGUAGGGCAGCUAGUUAACAUGUACAUUUUGGGUUGGUUCACAAAGAGUUAGUUAGAGUUAGUCCUAGGAGAUAUUAAAAACUUACGGCUAAUCCUAAGCUAGGACGAGUAGCUUGUUCUAACUCAAGAUAAGACUAGUCUUAACUCUUAGUGAAAUCCACCCCUGUAUCGGAGAGAUUUUCUGAGCCUCAUGUGAAGCUUAAUUCAGGAAAUGUUUGCAAAACAGAAAGGUACUGCUUGCUGUAGAAACUAGCUGUGGAUUAGUCAUCUAUGUUUAUAACACAAUCUUAUAAAGUUAAAGUUCAUAUUAUGUAAGGACUUUUUGAAUGUUUGCUUUUUUUUUGGUCUUGUGUGGAGCUACUCUUGUUUGAUUUAAAGUUAACAACUUAAAGAUCCUAACAACUUUUGGGCAUUGAACUUUCAAUUGACCUUUUCGUAGUUAAACCAAAAGUUAUUAACAAUUCUUAAUGAAAGUUUCAACAAAAUGGGUCUUUAAAAAUUCUUGUAGUGCCUCUCAUCUUUCAUAUUCAUACUUUAAGAAUCAAAUUUGACGAUUUAAAAUCAAGUUUUGAUCAUCUUUCUUUUUUUAGCAGUGCUUUUAAAAUCUAUGAAGAAACGUUUUUGUACUUAAAUUUGCACGGGUCUUUAACGCAACGUAUAGAACACCAUUGCUUCAUGUGGUUUGACGUUUUUUUAUAAAACAAUCAAUUAAUCAAGUCAAGUAUUUUUGUUUAAAAAAAAACAUUCUGGAUAAUGCAAAGGAGCGUAACUCAAAGUUUAAGACAAUAUACAGCAAAUAAUCACAAACUAUGCAAUUAACAUCAAAUACAGUAAAUAAUAGCAUUUUUAACUUCAAAUGUAAAUGAUUCUUUAAAUACUUUUUGUUUGUGAAUGUAGACCAGGUUUGUACUUCUAUAAUAUAAAACCUAACUACUAUGUAGAAACAUGGGUUCUUUUGUUAAGGGUUAUACCGUUUUUGUUUUCUAUUAUUAUUUUUGUCUUUUCUUUUUUUGUAAUGCAAAUAGAACAUACUUUUUAGACGUAAACUAUUUAUUCAAUCCAAUAUUUUAAGUGGAAAAAAACUCUAACAAAGUUUAUGUACCUGUGUUAAUAAAAUCUGGUUUUUCAUUGUGUAGAAUGUAUUGAUUAUAGCAUUUGAUAUUUGUAUUAGUUAUUGCAUUGCCUCAUACACAUAUACCGUAUAAGAUGAUCUUUUUCGUGGUGGAUUCUAUUUGGUUUUAUUUGUCAGUACAAAACCUUAAAAUGGUCAAGUAUUCAUGACGAUAAACCUGGGACCAGUUUCAUAGACAUUAAUGAACAAUUUUCAGCCUUUUUUUCUCUUUUUCUGUUUUGAUUCGGACUUUUUUGCAUCUGCUUGGUGAAAAAAAAAACUCACACAGGCCUUGAUAACGAGAACAAAAUUGAGAACGUUCAAAAAGCACGCCCUCGAUUGGUUAAAUAAGCGUGCAUGUAUUCUGUGCAGAGCAAUUCAACCAAUAGAAUGCAUUCUCUUUGUGUCGAUAUCGUUAUCAUGUUCAUUAUCCCUGUAGUGUGACUGGCCUUUAAGUGCUGGAAGGUUAGCAUGCCUUUUCCCAUGCUUACGGUUAGCAGUUUUUUGAAACAGUAAGCACAGAAUUGUCUGUUAAGCAGCUCUAUGAAACUGGCCCCAGGUCAUACUGCCAGAGACCCAGUCCCUUUUAGAAUAGUGAGGUCCUUUGACAACCAUUCAGGUUUCUAAUACUAACCACCAUUUCAGAUUCUUAAAAAAUCUGAUUUUGUCUCGACUCGAUUGAUUUGUAAUAUUUCAGUCACCAUGGUCAAGUGGUUAGACUGCAGGACUUGCAAUCACAAGGUUGUGGGUUCGAAUCCCCAGCUAACCGCUGAUUUCAAUGACUUGAAUAAAUAUUGACGUCUAGUUACUGAAUCACAAUUUCUUGAUUUGUGCAAUUCAUAAUCAUAGACGUUAAACCAAUAUUUGUAUGAGAGAGAUUGGUUGUUGCCAGCUUGGUGUUUGUAGCCCAUUGUGGGAGUUUGUUGAGUUCCCUUGAUGGGAAGAUCAUCUAAACAAACAAACAAACAAAGGCUGGCAAAAUGAAAGGUUAUGUUUGAUGGAUAAAAUUAUUGUAGCUCAAGUGAAAUUAAUUCCAACUCAAUGCCAAGUUCAACUGUGCCUAGGAUUUUAGUGAAGUAUGUCCGUCUUUUGCUCAUGCAAGUAUUGUGUUCAUGCAUCAUACAGGUUUGAAGCAAUGGCCGCCAUCUUGUCUACCAUGAAAUCAAUUUUACACAAAAUGUUCAGUACUUGAGACAAAACAUUGAAUCUUGUUCUGACUUUUGACUGCCACAAUCAAAGGUGCUAAAAUUACACAAGCUUAUCCAAAUUGUGAUUACUUUGUACAUAGAAUACUUCAUGUAUUAACAAACUGUAGUGUAGCAUGUGUAUUAAUGUUUUUUUACAAGAAAAUUGAAGAAACCCCAGUUAUUUAUAAGGGAUUCAUAUCUAUGCAAAACCUACUUUAUAAUAUCCUGUUAUUUCAAAUAAGAUUGUUGGUACAUUUGCAAUUUUUUUCCUGCUUCUUUAAAAUGCAGGGGAAAAAAGCUUUGUAAAUGUGUUGGUUUUCCCCCUGCUGGAAUGCUUUUGCUGCAAAACAAAAUCACAAUUCAUGCUAUUAUAAGAGGCUAAAUUUUGCACAAAAUUUGACGGAGAUAAGCCCUGAAAAAAAAAUCAUGCAAUUGAGAGCUCAAGUUGAUAAAUCAUGCAGGAGUAAACUCUAUGCAAUGUAUUGGAUAAAUUAUUUGAUAUCUUUGUCAAAACUAACCUAUUAAUUGAACAGUACAACCAAAAGUACUCUUUUAUACCAAAUUAUGUACUAAUGCUCAACACAAUUACAUAUACAUGUAGAUUGUAAUGUUUUGAGAGACAGUAGUUUGUUAUAAAUGUUAUUUUUAUGAUUAAAAACCUUGGAAACUGGGAA